AUGCACUCUAUAAUCAGUGCUCCAGCUCCUACUCUUUGGUGGAAGCACAUUUGGGGCAUGCCUCUCCUUCCCAAGUUCCGGAUGUUUUGCUGGAAGUUGCUUCAUGAUGCGUUACCUCUUUGCGGUAUUUUGCAUGCUCGGGAAAUCCCGGUUAAUCCACCUUCUCUCUUACAAGAUCAAUCGUUUGCUCUUUGGUUUACUACGUUGGUUUUUUAUAUGGGAGGUCUCGAAGUUGGAACUCUCUUGAUUUUCACUGAAUGGGUUGUGAGGCACUCUGAUGCUCUUGCGUCGGAAAUUCCACUUCUUGUUCUCAGCAUCUCAGUGGAGGAGCCAGAGCUUGUCGAACUUCUUCAGCUUUGCAUUCGGAAUUACAGCCUUGUCUUUGGGCUCUUCAGGCUGCUAGGCGGAGGGUUUUUUUUAAAUCCUAUCCUUUACCCUGACAGUGCAGUCCUUGCUUCCGUGCAGCGUCGCUCUUAUUCUGAUGAUAUUUCCUAUUUUUGGUUGAUUGAUGUGAUCAGGGACAUAUUUCUUGCUUUAGUUCAUGUUAGAUUCACAAGGCAACAUGGAUAUAAUAUGCCUUGUGAUGUAUUCUACAAGUUUACAAAUAAUAAAGGCAAGUUUAAAGAAUCAUCAAGGAGCGAUGAAAGGGGCAUGCUAAGCUUGUAUGAGGCUGCCCAUUUAAGGAUACAUGAUGAACACAUUCUUGAGGAAGCCCUUACUUUCACCACCGAUUUUCUUAACUCCAUUUCAACAUUCUCUGAGCAAGCUCGCCUCGCAUUGAAGCAGCCCUUGCACCGUGGAAAUCAAAGGUGGUGCAAAAACUUAGAAUUGGCAAGGAAAUUUCCUCAUUUAAGGCAGAGACAAGUUGAAUAUCACUACUUGUCAAUUAUUAUGUAUUAUGUACCUCAAUAUUCUCUUGCUAGAAUAUUAUUUUCCAAACUUUUAGUUCUUCUAUCGUUUUUAGAUGAUACAUAUGAUGCAUAUGGAACUUUUGAGGAACUCGAGUGUCUCGCCAAUGCAUUUGAGAGGUGGGACUUAAUGGAGAAGUUUUCGGCUAAUUAUAUGAAAAUCUUGUACGAAUUUGUCAUUACAACUCUUGACGAUGUUGCCAAGGAGAUGACAAAAAUCGGAAAGCCAUAUGCUGGUUUUUUUGCAAAAGAACAAGUGAAAAGAUCAAUAAGAAACUACUAUACUGAGAUAAAGUGGGUGAAAUCAAAAUAUGUGCCAACAUUUGAGGAAUACAUGUUCAAUGGAAGAAAUACAGCCGGUAUGCAAAUCAUAGGGACUAUAUUGUUGAUGGGUAUGGAAGAGAUUGCAGAAGCAAAACCAUAUAUCCAGUUGAUGCAAUACACUACGGCGAUUACAGCUAGCUCGAACAUUUGCCGGCUCAUGGAUGACAUGACUACCGGCAAGGCCGAGCUAGCAAGAGGUGUACGCCUUGCUUCAAGUGUGGAAUGCUACAUGAAUGAUUAUAGUAUGAGUCACGAAGAAGUGUUGCAAGUAUUUAAAAAAAUUAUUGACGAUGCAUGGAAGGAUCUCGUAAAUGAGGGGUUGCUAAUCAACCCAUGUCCUCAUGACUAUGAUCACUUGUCCAAGCCUGUUUAUGAUCGGAUGCUUAACCUUGCUCGUGCAGCGGAGUCCUUCUAUAAGUUUGGAGAUGGCCUCACUUUUGUGAAAACCACAAUCAAAGAAGAUAUUGUUGCAAUUUAUGCUCAACCCUUUUCUAUUUGA